UGUUUUAAUAGUAAGUUUAAGGUUAUGUUAACAUCUAAUGCAUGAAUUAUGGCAAAAAUUGAAAGAUUAAUUUAUUUAAACGUAAUUUUACUAAUAAGUUUUGUUAAUAUAUCGUAUGGAAUUUAUGAAGAUCAAGUUGGAAAAUUUGAUUGGAAGAGAUCGUUUAUAGGAAGAACUAAAUAUGCAGAAAUUGAUUCUAAAAAGGUGAUUAUAGCAACAGAAGAAAACGUACUUGCCAGCUUAAGUCUCAGAAAUGGUCAGAUUUUAUGGAGGCAAGUUUUAGAAAAUUCAUUCAAUCACGAAAUAAAGUUACUGUAUGUAAAUAGAGACGUUUAUACUGUAUCAGGAACUCAAAAUAAUUGGAUAGUGCGUAGUUGGGAUAUUAAUUCUGGUUCUUUAAUAACAGAGUGGCCAAUUAUAGUAGAAAAAUUAUCGCCCCAGGAAUUUACUGUCUUGGAUGGAAAAUUAGUCAAUAUUAGCCCAAUCAGAGGUUCUCAUUUGGAAAUUACAACAUACAAUCUUGCUACUGGAGAAUUAAUUGGUAAAACCUCCAAAAUAUCAGCUUCAUGGAUAACAGAUUAUGCAAAUUGCAUUAUCGUUAAAUCUAAUUUCGUAUGUCUUUCAAGUAAUGAUUAUUUAGGUCAAUUAUACUUUAUUGAUUUCGUUUCUAAAGAAGCCAGUGUUAACACAAAGUCAGUACAGAGUGUAUUAGAUGGAGUUUUAGGACCAAUAAAUAUUAGACAACUGAAAUCAAAUAUUCCAGCAUUCUUAUUAAUUUGCAACAAAUCAGUUAAACUAAUUGAGAUAAGUCAGUCAAACCUUGUAGUCAAAGAUACUGACAUAUCUUCAAACAUCCACAUAACUGAUAAUGAAGGUAAAAUAAUAUUUUAUCAGUUUGAAGCUAGUACUUCUCCAGAAAAAAUAAUAAGUGUCACAAGCAAAGAAUAUACUAAUGGUCAAGAAAUAUUAUCAAUAGACUUGGAUUACCCAAUAGGAUUGGGGGCACCAACAAUAGUAGCAAGCUACUCAAAAGGUCCUGCUACUAUUUUGUUAUUAAGUACUUCUGAUAACGCUUUACUUGUUGUGAAAUUGCCCGAAGGCAAAGUUCAGUGGACCAAUGAAGAAGCUCUUAGUGAUAUAGUUGCUACAGAAUUUUUUGAGUUACCCAUGUCUGAAUCAGAUGCUUCAAUAGAGAACGAGUUCAAAACCAAUUCUAAUAAUGUGAUAAAUAUGUUGAUGCAUAGAUUAACUACACAAAUUAAACAGUUAUCAAAUUUUAUUUUUGGUAGCCAAUUACUUUCAGCAAGUGGUUUAGUAAGAGAUGAAUUUGGGUUCCAUAAAUUGAUUGUAGUUGCAACGAAAAUUGGCAAAUUAUUUGCAAUAGACACAUUUACUGGUUCAAUUGCUUGGAGUUAUAGAUUGCCUAAUAUUAAACCCUUUAAAUUGUUGGAAGAUGAGAAGAUGCUUUUGUUCGUACAAAGAACAGCUAGAUAUACACCGUUACCUGCACAAUGCACUCUCCUCGCUGAAGAUAUGUUGACUGGCAACACCAUACUGUUUCAGUUUGAUCCAAUAACAGGUUAUUCCCAAAAAGGAAUUGAAAAAUUGAAUUAUAGGAUAUUACAAGCUGUACUUCUACCAUAUGAAGAUGAAAAUAAGCUUAAACCAAUUUUGUUGUUGUCAUCUAAUAAUGAAAUAGCAGUACAUCCUCCUUCAGCCAAAUCUCUAGUACAAACUCAUAUAAAACACAAUCACAUAUACUUAGUAGAUAGUGAGAGCAACAGUGUGAAGGGAUUUAGUUUUUAUCAUGGUGAUGAUAAUGAAUGUGGACUUACACCAACUUGGGAAAUAAAAUUUCAUCCUUCUAAAUUAGUGUCAGUGAGUAGUAAGCAUCCUAAUGAGAGAGUUCAUUCCCAAGGAAGAGUUUUACCUGAUAGAUCAGUUUAUUAUAAAUAUGUGAAUCCUAAUUUAAUCAGUGUGGCUACAUUAAGUGAUGACCCUAUUCAUAAACAUGUAUUGAGUAUUUAUUUAAUUGAUGGUGUUUCUGGUUUCAUUAUGUAUUCAACAUCUCACAAGAGAGCUAAAGGACCAAUUCAUAUGGUACAUUCAGAAAAUUGGCUUGUUUAUUCUUAUUUCAGUGAAAGAUUCAGGAGAACAGAAGUGGUAUCUGCGGAGUUAUAUGAAGGACAUGUCCAAAGUAAUAGUACUGUUUUUAGUUCGUAUGCCAUUAGUGUUUUACCUCACGUACAAACCCAAUCUUACAUAUUACCUGCAACUCCUGUCGACAUGACUGUUACUCUGACAGAAAAAGGAAUAACUAAUAAAUUUUUAUUAUUGGCUUUAUCUACUGGAGCUGUUGUAGAAAUUCCGUGGCUUUUAUUACAACCGAGAUUUAGUGACAUACCAUGUGGUCCAGAAGAAAGUUGUAUUCCUUAUAUGCCUGAAGUUCCUUUGCCCACAGAAGCUGUGAUAAAUUAUAACCAGACUUUAAGUGUUAUUAAAGGUAUUGAAGUUGCACCAGCUAGGCUUGAAAGCACCUGUCAUGUAUUAGUACAUGGCUUAGAUAUGUUUUAUACUAGAGUAGCACCUUCAAAAACGUUUGAUGUAUUGAAGGAAGAUUUUGACUAUAUAAUGAUUGUAUUGGUUUUAAGUGGAUUGAUUAUUGCAAGUUAUGUUACUAAAUAUCUUGCUUCCAAAAAAACAUUAAAACAAUUAUGGAAAUAAGUUGUUAACUAGUCAAUUUGAUGUUUUUAGAUAUUUUUUUUUUAGUAAAACUUAUUAAAAUGCAGUUUAUCAAAUCAAUUUAUUUAAUAACAAAAUAAAACUGAAGAUUUAUUUUUAUUGUAAUAACAUCUGCAUUUUAUUUGUUAUUUAGGAACAAAAAGAAAUAAGGAUAAAUAUGUUUUAAUAACUUGUAUAUUUAAAGGGAGCAAAUAAUGCAUUUAUUUAGUGUGAUAGUAUGAACAUAUUAAUUACAAACUUGAAGAUUCUUGGCUUGGAUAAAAAUACUUAUCGAGAUUGACUAUUUUAUAUACAUAUUGUGAUGAAAAUUUAUUAUCAAAACUAACAAAAAUUCAUUCAUUACUGUUUAAAACAACGAGAAGAAAUUUGCUAGUUUUUCUAAAGAUGUAAUUAAAAUAUGAUACAGCAUGUUUCCAUAAGAUCUACAAUAUUAAAAAUACAUUUCAAUAAGUUAUCUUUUCAUGAAAAUUUUUUAAAUACCAUUUUGAACAUUCACAUUUAUGCAACAAACUUCCUCAAAUUUUGUCACCACAUUUACCGUCUUGUAUCUCCAUAUUCACACAUCCUUUACUUUUGUUGAGUUGAGAAUAGUUUCCAGAGAAUCAAUAUUUUAAUUCAUCUUCUUUUAACGAACCAUCUGUGUUUUUUGUUUAUUAUUAACAUGUUGAGCCCCAACCAAAAUUGACCAACCCCGGACUAAAAAAUUUUUUUUGUGUUUUUAUACUUCAUAAGAGGUGUGGGUCCCAUUAAUUUGAAAUUAAAAGUGCGAAAAAAUGUUUUUCGUGUGCGGUCCAGGACAUAAUUUUUUGCACUUUUCAUUCGAAUUAAAUUUUUUCAUUAUAUUUCUUUGAAGAUACAUGCAGUAUAGAAAAACAAAAUUUUGUUUGAUUUUCCAUCCUUCGAACGAUGAUACAUGCUUUUAUGUAAAGUGUACAAAAAUGUACGCUGUGUUUUGAAAAAUAUUAUAUGAGAUCAAGGUAAUGUAAAGGUAGCACAAAUUGAAAAUUUUCAUCAAAUGUUAUAUGAAUUAUGUUGAAAAAAUUAUGAAAAGUUUUUUGUUUAACAAUGGAAUUUAAGAUCAUGAAAAAAAAAAUCAAAUAGACUAAGCUUAGGAUGAUGUUGCAAGGACCCAGGACGGUCCAAUCAAACUGUAAAAUACAUUUAAGGGUUGCGGGCGUACAGACCACACUGGUGCUCAACGUAUUUAGUUGAAUUUGUCUCUUCCUGGAUCUGAUUUUCUCUAUUCUAUUGAUUUUUACCUUUGCGAAUGUACAAGUUUGAAUGUAAGAACAGGGAUUAUACACUUAUUGAAGACUUAGUUAUUGAGGAUACCUUUUAUUCUUCACGCUGUCUUCUGUUGAUCUCUUCAGUUUGAUUUUCUGAUUCUGCUUUAUGUUCCAAGUAUAUAUCCUUUCUUUCCUCCUUCUGUUUAUGUGCCACUUUAUCUUCUAAUUGUUUAUGGUCAAUCAAAAAAUCAUUUUAAUAAUCUUAUAAAUAAUAGUAUUUGUAUUACUGAUAAUAUUGCAAGAAUUUACUUAUUUAACUUUAUUUCUUUUUGCAGUUUUCCUUUAUUAGUCCAGUCAAUAUAGACAUUUGAAAUAACAAAAAUUCCCGGAAAGUCAGAUAUUGGUGGAGAGCUGGGGUUUACCAUUACAAAUCAAGUUUUAAAAAUCCGCAUCGAUAUCAAGUGUGUUUUUGGAUUUUCCUCGAAAACGGUAAGUUUUAUAAAAAAAACAAACUAAAGUUGUAGCUAUCAAAAUUCUCUACGAAAAUGGUUGUUUUGAUUUUUUUCCUAAGAAUUAACAUUCCUGAGAUUCGCGAUUCUAAGAGUCAUAUUAUACAUGAUAUGCACGUAUUUCCACGCCAUCUGUCAGGUAGGCGCGUUUUCACUGUAGUUUCAAGGGAAUAAUACCCGUCAAGCUCUAGAUACUACCUUAUUAUUGAUAUGGCUUUUCAUUAUUGGGUUAUCAAAUUCAUACUCAUUAAAGUCUGCUUCAAUAGUUAUGUCUUCUUCGAUUUCUUCAUCUUUCUCUUCUUCUAGCUGGAUGUUCAUAAAUUGUUCCAAUGUAGCAGAUUCAUUGGUCUCUUCAUUAAAAUCACAGGAAUCUUCCUCUAUUCUACUCAACUGGACAUUUGAGCAGGACUGACCUUGACAAUUGGUACACGCUGAAGAUAAUAGCAAUCUGGCUUUUUUACAGCCAGAUUUGGCACUACAACUUUUUUUGCAAUUGCACAAAAUAGUUUUGAAAAGUGUUUCUGGUGGGAGUAAAGUUUCAAUCGGUUUCAGAGUAUUAUCUAUCAAUUUCUAGCCCUAGUCUUCAGUUGUAUGCCUAGCCAUGUUUGAACUUGAUAGUUUACUCGAAUAGCAGAUGCCGAUGUUGGAGGAAGAUAUAAUAGUUUGUACUGGUUUCUUGUUUUGCGUAUUUUUUACAAAAGUUAAGUAUCGGUACUGUCAUUUUUUUUGCAGCUCUAUAAACCGCAAGGAGAAAGCGAAUUCCUUCCGCAAUUAUUAUUUGAGGUGUGGAAUCAAUUUCUGUAAAUACUUUAGCGCACUCAGUCAAAUCGUUUUUUUGUUUCGAAUAAUUUAAAUACUGACCUUUUGCUCCUUCUGUACAUUGCUGACGAAGUGUCGCAUCCGGUUCUCGCAUGUAAAAAUAAAAUAGAGUUUUGGCAUUUGAGAUAAGCAAAUAAACUUGUUGAAAAAUAUUUUUCUGUUCGCUGUUGAGCCCUCCCGGGUUUCAGAAAAUAAAUAAUUUUAUCCAAUGGAGUCCUUGCAGUGAGUAGUACUAACAAAUCAACAUCUUCACCAACUACAAUUGGUACAAUUUGGUACAGGGGAUUCAGUUAGCGACUGACUAAAAGAAACACAAAUAAGUGCCUGAUUAUGUAUAUACAUGUGCAUAUCAUGUAUAAUGUGAGUCUUAGAAUCGCGAUAUCUCAGGAAUGGUAACUAUAAGGGAAAAAAUCAUAGGGUCCAUUUUUGUAGAGAAUUUUAAGAUCUACAACUUUGGUUUAAGGUUUUUUUUUAUAAAACUUACCGUUUUCUAUCCAAAAAACCUCAAAUUUUGACCUUUGACUCCAACUAACUUUUGUAGCACUCAUAGUUUCGAUGGGGAUUUUUAAAACUUUAUUUAUAAUGGUAAACCCUAGCUCUCCACAAAUAUUUGGUUUUCCGGGAAUUUUUGUUAUUUGACCACUAUUUUUAUGUCGAAAUUGACUGGACUAUUAUUUACUCUUUAUUGAUUGUGAAUAUACAGCUAUUAGUCAGAAGUUAUUAUGAUAAAUAAACUUGAAAUGACUAUUUCAUUGUAUGCAAAAGUUAGAUGAUUAAUAUUAGAAUGUUAGUAGGAAAUUUCUGAUAUUGAUAUACCAAAAUACAAGGUUUUUCAUCACUAUAUAUUAUUUUUACAUAAUAAAAAUGUAUAAUUAUUCUUAGAAACUAUUAGCACUAGUAAGUGAUUUAUAGAAUGAUGAACUACCUUAGGCUUGUUCUUAGUAGCUGCACUGGCAGAACUAGUUCAGGAAACGUUCUUCGUAGCAGAACCAAAGCUAGUCUCACUGUUAUUAGUAGCAGUGCAAGAGAACUAGUUCACCCAGCUCAGUGUACUGCUUGCACUGGGUCUAGAGUCAGUUCAGCCAGUGCAAUAAGUAUAAUCUGGGAACGGUGGCACUACAUCUUCGUCAUCGGACGAAUGUAAAAUAUCAAAAAGUACUAAAUCGUUUUCCAUUAUUCUCAAUACUAUAAGGCCCGAAUCACAUCAAGUAACCUCAAAUACAACAAUCAACAAAUGCUCCAUUGCUUUCUGCACUAUAUCGUUCUUUGUAUCCGAUCGAACUGAUCCAGUUCCAGUGCAGCCACCAAGAACAAACCUCUUAUAUAAAUGAAAAUUGUGUAAUAAAUGAAAUGUUAAUGGUUGUUUUCACUGAAGGAUCUAAACUCCAAAUAAGUAAGAUGGCGACUAAAAUAAGAUCACUUAAACGUAACAAGACACACAGCCCAAGAAAAUCUCAACUUAGGAUUUCCCAUCAGUGACAGACCAAUAAAUCACACAAAAACCAAGUGAUAUUCAGACUCGUUAACCAUAGCCCAGCUCCGCCAGUCACCGAAAUUACUUUUACUAAUAAGAAAAGAAUUUGUGCUCAACUUGGAAGAAACACCUAAACGAUGACUUUUUCAAAUUCUUCAAGGGCUAUCUCGAUCCAAUAAAAUACGCUCUAUACUUUGAAGACGAUGAUAUUUACCAACAUAAUAGAAGAAACAUUCAAGAACUCGACGUAUGAUUUGAUAAAUAAAUCUCCAAAGAUAGAAAAAUAUCAUAAAUCAUUACUAUCAAGGAACAACCAACCACAGUGGCAUAAGUGGAACAGAAACUCAAAUUCGAACCCUAUAUUUUUCUGAUCAGUAAAUACAACAGAAAUCCUCCAAAACGAAAAUUCACGAUAACACCAAUCCUCACAAAAUCCUUGGAAAUCAUCUCUAUACCUUUCAAGCAAAUGGCCAGAAGUUUCUAACAGUCGUCGAUGCAUUUUCCAAAUACGGACAAGCCUAUUCAAUACAAGGAUCUAACUCUGUCAAUGUUCUAAAUGUUCUCAUCUAUAUAACACACAAUGUAAUACAAUACAUGAUGGUAGCUGACAUCUUCGAAUGGCCCACAAUCAAGGAGAAUAGUCGAACGAUUCCACAAUAUUUGAACAUCAUAGAAUUCUCAGAACAAAGCUGAAAAGGAACAAAUUUAAAGGGCCAUCUAGAUGCGUGAGACCCAUUUGACUUAGAUAUCGAUAGAGCUCUGCUGAACAACUAUACACAAAGUCAGAGAUAAAACUAAAGAAAUAUAUAAAGCUAUAAACAAGAGAAUUAAAGACGUCAAAGAAAGGGUUAUAGUAAAAAGAAGGCGUCACGAAAAACUUCUAUAAACUUUAACCAAAAUUCUCUCCUAAACUGGUCACAACAGACAACGAAGUUACCAUUGACACUCAAAAUACAACUGUACACAAGAAAAAUGUGAAAAACCAACCAUGGAAAUCGAAUACAAAUCCUAUAUUACAGAAAAACAAUCUCAUGUCUAUAACGCAUAGAUUAAUCGCAAAUUAACAAUAAGGUUUAACCAAUCAAAGAUAGUGGAACGAUUAAGUUCCUCCCUAUCGAGCGGUCGAAAGAGCCAUAAAAGUAUUUAGCUGCUGCCGCAUUUUUGAACUUUGCGUUAUAGGCAUUGAUUGUUUGGUGGUUUUUGAGCAAUUUUUUUCGCUUAAUGCAGUGAUAUAACUCGCAUGCGAACGUUUUGAAAUACCCGAUAUAAUGGCUCAAGAAGUACAGAUCCUAGAUCUCAAGAACAACUCAGAAUAUUCGUCCUCUCAAGCUGUAACUAGCAAAUGCGAUUUUAUCUACUAUUUUCACAUGAGACCACUAGCUGAAGAAAUAAAUGCACUAGAAACGCAAUAUCAAACAGUCACAUCAGAAAUCCAUCAGCUACAAAAUUUUGAUCAAAGCUUACAGUAUCUUGUAAUCGCCGCUAAGAAGAUACUUCAGAGCAUUUACCAACAAUAUAAACUAAUAAAAAGAGGUUUAAACAACGGUUUGGGAAGCGUUAUCAAAACAUCAGGAAAUUUGGAUCAAGAAGACGACGAAAGAUAUGAGUGGGCAUUGCAUCACUUGAGUAAAACCAGAACAAUAUAAUAACGAAAAUUGGCAGGCAACGAGUCUUAAUAAACUGGUAAUGGCGAACUUUAAUUACACAAGAUCACUUAUUAGACACAACCAAAAAAAUAUCGUUAUCGAAAAAAACAAAAUCAACACCGAUUUAAAUAAAAUAAAUAUACUAGACCAAUUCAACUUAUACAAAUAUCCUACUAACAUUAAAGUGCUAGAUACAUUUAUAGUGAUGUUUUAAACAAUCACUAUGUACCUAACAUGAAACAAGUUAUUGAAAAAAAUAGGUAGUAUUAAAAUGUGGCGAUCUAGUUUCCAAAUAUAGUAUUCACAAAUCAUUUUUAAAUGAAUUAUUGUUUGAAUUUACUUUAUUUUCUUGAUGUUUAUAAUUAUGUUAUUAAUUAAUCAUUAUAAAAUUGAUGUUAAUUCAGUUAUUGAUAUUCAUUCAUUCCUUUUUUAUUAAUUUUUGUGCCUAUUGUGUAUUUAUUGUUAUAAAAUUAAUUAUGUAUAAGAUGUACGAGGAUAUAUUGAAAAAUUCUUAGCCUACUAUAGAACCAAACAAAAUUUUAAUGUCAAAAUAUUUAAUUACUCAACAUAUUCUCCUCUUAAUUGGAUAUAUUUAUUACAGCGAACCUGCAACGUCUCUCGACCUUUCAAAAAAAUGUUUUUUCUUGCUCUGCAAAUCAGAUCUCUACAGCUUUUAUUACCUCCUCGUUGGAAGAAAAUUUACGACCUUUUCAACUUUUUUACAGUUGAGAAAAGAGUUGAUAGUCGGACGGAGCCAAAUCUGGUGAAUAAGGGAGGUGUUUUUUGCAUGGCAGCAUGAGAUUUGUGUACAGGGGCGUUAUCCUGUAAAAACAAAACAUCUUUGGAUAGCUUUCCGCGUCUUUUCUCUUUAGUUUUCUCCUGUAGACUGGUCAUUAAUUUCGAAUAGUAUCUCCAGUUAUUGCUCUACCCUUAUCCAAAAAAUCAAUCAUGAUUUCUCCAUGGCAAUCCCAAAAAACUGAAGCAAGGACUUUUCCAACAGAUUUUUGGAAACGAAACUUAGGUCUCGGAGAACCAGAGUGUCGCCUUUCAACACGCAAUAUUUUGUUUAUGCACGAAACUGGUCUAGGUUAACUAGAUAUCAAUACAUCCCGUACAUUAUUAAAUAUAUCACAUAUUCAAAAUGUUAACAAAUCGAUCUUUAUAUGGAAAAUCAGUAACUCUCAAGGCAGUAGUAGGUAGUUCUCCUUUUUUAUCAAUAUUUUAGUUAUUUACUGGAUGAAUGUUAAAAGGGAAUUUCUCGAUUGUAUUGUCCGUCAUAUUUUUUUUGCUCUCCUAAGUUGGUAACCGUAACCGUUUAUGUUUUACGGCGAAUCUCUCGACUGUAUUGUAGAUCAUCUUUUUUUAAUUUUUUUUUUUCGUUAUUUUUAACAAUUCCGAAACCCUCUUCGUCUGAUCUUCGGAUGCCAGUGGUGAAAGAGUCUGAGUGGCUUGCAAACCCGUGGACAGAGAAGCAGUAUAAUUCUUCCAAUAUCAAUUGCAGAUUAUAAAAACUGGUUCGAAACUCUUGACGACAAUUUUGUUUGAUCCACCAUUUAUCAGUCAAUCAUUAUUAUACCUCGUUAACUUGCUACAACUGAAUAUUAAAUUAUAAAACGUAAAUAGACAAGUAAAAUGUACCUGCCUGUAAGGGAGUUUAGUUUAAACAGGGUACUAGACGUGAACUGAUCCCUUUUUGUACCCCAUUCGUUUUUUUUUUGGAAAUUUUAAAGUAAAAACCAUAAAGGAAAACAAAUUCUUUGCAAAUAAAACAAAAGGAAAAAAACAUUUCAAUUCCAAAGUAUGCUUAAUGCUAAAAUUUGAGCUUUGUUACUACUACUAUUUGGUAUCUUAAGAAUCAAAAUGCCUCGUAAUCCACUCCACUUGGGUUUACUAUUAUCACGCUUUGGACUAAGUGGAACGAGGAAAAUCGUGGUCGUGAAUGCUUAGUGGAAUGCUUAUAUUGUCUAUAAUGAUAAAAUGAAGCAAUGAUUUAUAAUUUGAACAAAAGUCUACCUACCAACUUAUCAUUUCGUAACGUUAUCUGUAAUAUUAAAGGGUAGCCAUCAAUCUCUCAUGUAAUUAAAAAUAUUAUUAGAUUAUCAGUUAUUUCAAGUAAUGUGGAGUUUUGUCUUAAUUCGUUAACAACGUCCUAUUUUACUUCUCAAGACCAUUCGUUUUUAACGAUAUUGGAAAGAAACCAAAACCAUUGAAUGAUAUACUGUAAAAUGUGUUUAUAUGAUUAUUAUUUCAUACAUUUCUUCAAAUUAAUAUUGUUACAUCGUCUGCAUAUGCAACAACUUGUACAACUGAACAGGCCUUGAAGGUCCAAGGCUUGGAGUCGGUCUACUGCUUUUCUCCAUUUAGUUUUGUCCAUGGCUACGUCAUUCCAGUUAUUUAUUUUAGAUCUUCUCUUUAUACUUCUAUCCCUUAAUAAGGAUCUUUUUGGUCUGACCACGUACAGUGCUUUGACUUUUGCGUUUUUUUUUCUCCACUCCUCUGAAAAUCCUUCUUAGUACCUUUCUCUACCAUAUGUUUAUUUUGUUUUCUUCAUGUAUAUGCAUAACUUGGCGGCUCUUGAAAUAUCUUAAUAGUCCUCCUAGAACUCCAAACGUUUUAUUUUCUUUAUCCAGUCUUUUAUCGAUUUUCCUGGUUUUACCUCCUUUGUUUGUGAUUGUUACUUUCCCUGUUUUGCUGUGUCGUCAGUUUAAUUGGAGUUAUUCAAAUCUCUUCCCAUCUCUAUAAAUUUGGUCUUUUGUUCAUUUAUGUUUAGUAGAUAUUCUUUUUAUCAAUAUUCUUGAUUUUGAGUAACUUUUUAUUUUUUCCAAAUGUUAGAUAUCCUUUUUGUAUUUUCUCAUUCCACUAAACGAGGUUACAGUUUUAAAUACGUAUUUUUAUGUUCCUUAGAUGGUCCAUUCCUCUUUCGUCUUGUCUUGCUAUCUUCAUGUAUUUCUAGACCGAUUUUUCCUACUCCUGUUUCCAGUUUUUUCAUUACCUUUAUUAGUUCUUCUCUUGUAUUAUUCGUUAUGAUAUUUUUGUUAUUUAAUUUUGAUUUUCUUAUUUCGUUUUCUAAAAUCAUAUUAAACAGGGUUGGAGAGAUCGAAUCGUCUUGUGUGACUCCUUUAUUUAUUUUCAUUUCUUCUGUUAAUGUUCCCAGAUAUCUUACUUUGGCUUGUGUGCUUUGUAAUACAUCUUUCAUUAAUAUCUUUAAUUUUCUGAGUACUUUUAGGUGUUUAUAAAUCUUCUAUCAUUGUCUAUUUAUUGAGUCAAACGCGCUUUUAAAAUCUAUGAAGAUUCUGUGUAGCUCCAUUUUUGUUUCCAUGUUUUUUGUACUGUUUGGUCUUUUGUGUGGAUUGCGUUGAUUGUGGAUCACCCUGGUCUGAACCCAUUUUGGUAGUCUCCCAGUAUACGUAUAAUAAUAAUCUUUAUCUAUAUUGUAUUGGUAUAAUAACACCAGUAUUCCAUUCCUUUGAGAUCUUGAUUUGUUACCAGAUGGUCUCGAUGAGUUGAUGAAUUUGUUUUUUCAUUUGUUCUCCGUAUUUUAACCGAUCAGCCUCUAUUCCAUCUUCUCCAGGGGCUUUCCCAUUACGAAGAAUCAUAUAGUCAACAAAUGUAUCUUGAUUUUUCUAUAUAAAAUUGUAUGUGUUUGAAUUCUCAAAAAAAUUUUGUACAAAUUAAAAUGUAGACUAAAAUAAACUUGAAGGUUUGGGGAUUGAUUUUUAUUAUUUCA